AGAAUGCAUCCACUUUCUGCAGCUGCCUUUCUCCUGCUGCUUGGCCUCUCCUGGUGCUUCAGGCUGCCACUCUCGUCAGAAGAAAAAGACAGUGAUGAGUUCACAGAGCAAGAUUUACAGUUUGCACAGCGUUAUUUGAAGACUCAUUACAAUCUCCAGCACAACCCUGCUGGCCUAUUGAGGAAAUCAGGUAAUACGUUUUCCUCCAAACUUCGAGAGAUGCAAGAGUUUUUUGGACUGGAAGUGACAGGCCAGCUUGAUGAAGAAACGUACGAGAUCAUGCAACAGCCACGAUGCGGUGUUCCUGAUGUCGGCGAGUACAACUUUUUCCCCCGGAAGCUGAAAUGGUCCCACAAUAAUUUGACAUACAGGAUUGUGAAUUACACGCCUGAUCUGAAAAAAUCUGAAGUGGACAGAGCAUUCAAGAAGGCUUUCAAGGUCUGGUCUGAUGUGACACCACUGAACUUUACUAGGAUUCGUGAAGGUAUUGCUGACAUCAUGAUCUCCUUCGGAAGGAAAGAGCACGGUGAUUUCUACCCCUUUGAUGGACCUUCUGGACUCCUAGCUCAUGCCUUCCCUCCUGGACCAAAUACUGGAGGAGAUGCUCAUUUUGAUGAGGAUGAAUUGUGGUCAACAGAUUCCAAAGGAUAUAAUUUAUUUCUUGUGGCUGCUCAUGAGCUUGGCCAUUCUUUGGGCCUUGAGCAUUCCAGAGAUCCAGGAGCCCUGAUGUAUCCAAUUUAUACCUACACUGGAAACACUGGCUUCCGGCUUCCAUAUGAUGAUGCACAAGGAAUCCAGGAACUCUAUGGUGCAGGAGACCAUGACCCUCAUCCUGAUCAUCCCAAAACACCAGAGAAAUGCAGUCCAGACUUGACACUUGAUGCCAUCACAGAACUUCGAGGAGAAAUGAUGAUCUUCAAGGACAGGUUCUUCUGGCGCCUCCAUCCUCAGAUGGUUGAAGCAGAUUUGGUACAAAUUAAGUCGUUCUGGCCACAAAUUCCAAGCAAGAUUGAUGCCGCCUAUGAACAGCCUGACAAUGAUCACGUGCUGCUUUUCAGAGGGAGGAAAUUCUGGGCUUUGAAUGGCUAUGACAUUGUUGAGGGCUACCCUAAGAAAAUUUAUGAAUUGGGUCUUCCAAGAUCCGUGAAGGCAAUAGAUGCAGCUGUCCACAUUCGUGACACCGGCAAAACUCUCUUUUUCACCGGAGACAAAUACUGGAGCUAUGACGAAAAGAGUCAAGUGAUAGACAAAGAGUACCCUAGAUUUAUUGAGGACGAUUUCCCAGGAAUUGGAUCCCGAGUAGAUGCAGCCUAUGAGAAAAAUGGUUAUAUAUACUUUUUCCACGGAGCGCUGCAGUUUGAAUACAGCAUGUGGGGCAAAAGAAUCCUGCGGGUUUUGAACACCAACUCGAUUUUCUGGUGCUGAUUGCAUUGGGCCAGGCUCUGAACUGCAGAAGAAGGCAUCGCCGGAUAGAAAUAAUAUUGUGGGUGCUGCAUUUUCAGAUUGUUUUAGAAAAAAAUCUGAAGGUUGCGUCUGUGAACAAUCCUUUUUUGUAAUGUUGUCAUUGAUUUUGUACUGUAUAUAUGGAACUAUAUAAGGCUGCCUAUAUCAGUCUGGAACUGAAUUAAAUUAAAAAUGGAUAGUUUCCCUUAUCCAUUGCCAUUUUGUGAGGCAUUACCUUAUUCCUAAAAAGAAUGAGGAAGGGGUACUCUUACUGCCUGGUGCUGAUAAGAAACCUACGUUUGUAAGUAGCCUUUAAAUAUUGUCUUUUAAUUGUUGUAAGCUGACUUGGGUCCUUUUAAUUAAAAGGAAAAGGUUAGAGAAAAACAUUUUAAAUAAAUAAAUAAUAUUCCAGAGCAAACAGUCAAUAAUUAUAGAGCGACUAGUCAAUUGAGCUGACUGGAUAGCUCAGAGUAAGAGUUUGAGAGUCUAGUUCCCCAUGGUGAAUCCCACAAGAGCCAGCCUGUGUGGCCUUGGGCAAGCUGUAGCAUUCCAAUUUUUAUUAUUAAUAGUCAAUUAGUCCCUGGUGAAAGGAAUUUAGCACCUUGCAGGGUGAAGUUCCAGACUGUACCCAUGAAGGUACAGUUUCUAUCUCCUUUUACAGCCUGGAGAUAAUACAGAUUGUUUCAAAUAUCUAGAGAAAUCUGGUGAACCUGUAUCUCUCUUGGUGUUGAAGAACAACCUACCUCUGUCAUAUCUCACUGUUGGCCAGGGUGGCAGGGGUUAUAAGAAACGAGAUUCAGAAAUAGAAGGCCAGAUGCUUUCUAGAGUCUAGACCUAUGUUACAGGUUUUUCUCUUUUUGUUGUCCUUACAUGACAGGAAUCCCAGUUAGCUAUCCCAUUUAGCUUUCUCUUUUCCUAUCUGUAUUACUCAGAUUAUAUUUCUGGGACAAGAAAUAUUUUUACUGAGGUGCUAAAACCUUCUAAACAAAGCAAGCUUCAGAGUCCCCUAGAACUUGUCUUCAAGCUUAGACAUUAUAACAUCUGAGGAUUCAGGGAUGAAGCAAGAUGUCCAAGGUUGGUGGAGGGGAGCCCUGGCCAAAUGUAAUGGCCACUGUUCUUGAAGGCAGCUUGUUUUCAAGAUGAAGCUUGCAGAUUCAGUGAAAUUCAGAUGUCAAGUCCCAGUUUAUACACGAUACCUUUUAAUCUAUUUAUUUUAUUUAAAAUAUUUGUAUGCUGCUCUUCGAUCAUGGAUCCAAGAGCAAAAUAUAAUCAAAAUAUAAAAACAAUGGACCAAGCCAGAUUGGACAUGCCAGUUGAGAAAGGCACUGAAUGCCCACUGGCAUCUAAGACUUCAUCACUGUCUGG